AUGACCCUUGGUGUCCGGGGCCUGGUCAGCACUUUCUACAAACUCCACACACAGCAGAGCCUGGCCAGGCGGUCCGUGGCACGCCUCCGGAGGGACGCCCGGCCAGGACCCGCCGCGCGCCAGGGGCACGGCCAUGUUCCCUCGUGCGUGCUCUCCACCAGGCUGCCGCCCUCGCUGAGACCCCUUCUCUCCGACCUUCUCCCUCUCCAGCCACACUCCGGCCGCAGAGAGAGGCGGGAAAGCCCGGGGACAGGGCAUCCCGGACCCCCCGGAACCCGACGGGCGGCCGUGGCCCCGCGAGGCCGGAUCGGGACGACUUGGGAUAGGAAGCCCUGUUCAAGUCAGCACCGUCCCUGGGCCACCAUAUCUGCACGGCCUGACGUCCAUCUGACCCGGCGUUACCUGCCGGCCCUCUGGCCACGGUGGAGGAGGGAUCAGCCAGGACACAGAGGAGUCCAAGAGCUGAGACCCCAGGGCGGAGAGAAGGCUACUGGUCAGACAGGCUGGCAGGAGGGCCAGGAGAACUCGGGGAGGAGGAGGGGUCUUCGCGGGGACAACGUGGACGUUAAGGAAAGGAGGAAGCGCGCUGGGGACGAGCAAGGACAGGCCGUGUGUCCUGGGGAAGGGCUCCGUCACGAGAGCGUCCCUGUGGCCAGGUGCCGGAGCGUGGACCCAGGGGGCCCUGGCGGCUGCUCCCUGGGGAAGAGAGAGCUGUGGAAGCGGGGCAGGGGCUGCAGAGACAGGAGCGGCACCCAUUCGGCCAAAGAGCAGCUUCUUCCCUUCUCGCCCAGGGAAGCCAGCCGGGCCGCCAUUGUGUAACGCCCGUGGGUGCCCGCGGGCCCCUCUGCUGCCCCGUGGGCUGGAGCAGGUCUGGGCUGGGCAGCGGGCAGGUGGGCAGGCAGGAGUUCCCUGCAGCAGCAGACGCAAAAUUUGAACCCACGAAUUACUUCAGAGGUUGGUGGGAUGGGGUGGCGAGCAGUGUGCGCCGUGUCUGGAGGGCGCUGGUCCCGGGCCCCUUUCUUCUCUUGUGGCUGCCCCACCAAGAGGCUGGGGCGUCUUUGGGCCCCACGGGGAGCAGGGAGGAGACAGGGCCUGCGGAGAUGGUGGUCUCCAGGACUGGCUGAGUGCCCUUCUCCCGGGACUGGCGUCCAGGGCAGGUGCUCCGCUCACGGCCAGAGAUGGGUGCCCCGGUGAAGGGGGCCUCAUCCCACUUGGCCGAGAGGAAGCCCAGCCCUGCUGAAGCGGCAUUGAGUGACUCAGUCACAAGAGAUACGGAAGAACCUUCUAGAAAACCUGAGCCACUCACUCGUCCCUGCCCCGUGCCCAGGACCCUCCCCUUGGAGUGAGGAGGGCAGAACCCCCUCCAGGCCAGUGUGGACCCCAACCCCCUGCCCCUUUCCUCUCUGGGCUUCUGUGCUCUCCUGUGAGGGGACAGCAGCCCCCUCGCCCCUCCCCUGGGUUACAGCUAGAUGGCAUCUCGAGGAGGUCCCGGAAAAAUGCAUCGUUGAGCUCAAGACCAGGUUGGAGGGUGGGGGGCAGGACAGGUGGAGCCGUGUGUGGACGGGUCCCGGUUUCUCAGCCACACUGCUUGCUUGCUUAGGUCUCAGCUUCCAGCCCAAUAGGGCUGGGGGCCAGGGAUGAGGGCGGGUAGCACAGGGGCUCCCCCUGAUGAGGUCGGCUUUUCCCAAAGCCAGUUAGGCUGCGAGCGGGACCCACGGCAGGAGCUUGCUUGUCCCGUGGGAGCUGGGGGCUUGCGUGCUCAUCUGCGUCUGCGAGGAG